AUGAAGCGCAACAAUAAGCAGGAGAAGUCCAAUAUUACCCCAGUGGCAGUCAAUUCCGCUCCUUCUUCUGUUCCCGCUCCUUCUACUGCAGCUGUUGCUGCUACUCCUGCUGCAAAUGCAGCUGCAACGACCGGAAGUCAAAAAGCUGUCAAGAAGCAGAUAAAACCGAUACUAUCCAAGGCAGUAUACACCUCAACAGCAGCAGCAGUUGCUACUCCUGCCUCGAUAGGUUAUACGAAAAUAACCAAAAAACACAUAUCUCCUAAGCCCAGAAAGCAGACCACUCCGCAACUUAAAUCACAAGCGUUUGCUUCAAAUUCGGCACAUUUUACUAGCACGAUAGCAUACCCACCUAUUUUGAGUCAUCAACCAUCCAUCAUCACGCCUUCUACGACAAAGGAAUCUCCUACAAAUACAAUACAACCAUCAGCGACAGCAGCUCCUAGUUCGACAAUGGGAUCCUUCUCAAAUAGUACUAUUCAGUCGUUCAAUCAACUUCCGAGUCCCAUUUCUGUUGUCUCAUUGGAAGCAUUGGACCUCAUUAAUGAUUACGCGGACUUUGAACCUCUCACGAAUGAACUCUCGUCUUUGUUAACGUCAACAAGCACUGAAGAUGAAGAAAAGAAGAAAAACCUUGCCAAGCUCAGUAAACUGUCCCAUGCCAUUUUUAACGUUAUCACGAACUCUGAAACAACCCCCAUUAAUAAGCAAUCUACCAUAAACCCUAUAAGAGAAUUGGAAUUACUGACAGAUUCCUCAGAUUACUCCUCUAAUAAUUUCUCUCCUUACAGAAUGGAAUCUCUCACUUCCGUUGAUACUAAUAGUUUGUACAAUUACCAGGUCAUACCGUCUCCAUUGAUGGUACAGCCAAUGGAUUUACAGACCAGAUUUGAUGAUGAAUACCUGAAGUUGCAGCCAGAUCCUUUAUUUGAUGAGCAUUUCCCAAUGUUCCAGUUCUCCCCAGAAAGUGAUGUAUUUUAA